GAUCGGUGAAACUCUUUCCUCGAAAGGAAGGUAUGAAAGAUUGAGCGCGUGCGAAUGUUGGAUAUGAUUGAAGUCCAACUUGCAUCCAUAUGGCUUCUGAUCUCGCGUCGAUGUUAGAUAAAAUGUUAUCCUUCCUUCGCAGUGCCCGCCGUCUCGUACGAAAGCCGUUAUCUCCACGACUCUUCCCAGUGACUGGCUUUCAGGUCAUCGACAAAUCCCAUUUGAUCGAAGAGGAGACUUGGGACUGGUACAAACCUGAAGAGUUCUACAACGUCCGUAUAGGCGAGGUCUUCAACACAAAGUAUCAAGUCGUCGGAAAACUGGGAUAUGGUGCGUAUGGGACAGUCUGGCUAUGCCGGGACCUGGUGGAGCACCAGCACGUCACGCUCAAAAUUGGCACGUGCGAGGCGCUCGAAAGCGAGCUCGCAGUGUUGAGGCAUUUGAAAGCGAUCAGGACGAACCAUUCUGGCUCGUUGCUUGUUCGGCAGAUGCUGGACGAAUUUCAAGUCACUUCUGAGCAAGGAAAGUUUCAGUGCAUCGUCCACCCACCAUUGGCUAUUACCCUUGGCUCGUUCAGGCGGAUGAUACCGACAAAGUCCCUACCUGUUGACCUCCUAAGGGCGGUCCUUCAGCAUCUUUUGUCUUCACUUGAUUUUCUUCACACUGAGGCCAGAGUGGUACAUACGGAUAUCCAGGAGAAGAAUAUCUUGUUGGGCAUGAACGAUAGCACGGCCGAAUCGGACUUGGAAAGGUUCGAACAGGAGGAACUCGUGUCUCCAUGCCCACGCAAAAUCGACGGGGACCGCGUAAUCUACUUAUCCAGGCCACUGGUGCCUCGUAUUUAUCCAUAUGGCCGCCCCGUACUUUGCGACUUUGGCGAGGCUCGAUUCGGCGACUACAACAACAUGAUUGACAUUCAACCCUAUCAGUAUCGAGCCCCAGAGGUGAUCUUAGAUAUGGCUUGGGACGAGAAGGUCGAUAUCUGGAACGUCGGCGUCAUGAUAUGGGAUUUGUUCGAGAACGGCAACCUUUUCCGUACCACUGGAGGGCCAGAGGAGAAGCAGGAUAAUAUCUACCAUCUUGCACAUAUGGUCGCCCUACUUGGUCUUCCUCCCAAGGACUUCCUCGCGCGAAGCAAAACGGAUCGGCCGUGGCGCUGGUUUGAUGAGGACGGAAACUGGAAAGGAGAAGCGGAGGUUCCGAACACGACGUUGGAGGACGCCGAACGGCAACUUGAAGGAGAGGAGAAGGCGCUUUUCCUGGCCUUUAUGAGGAAGAUGCUGAAGUGGAGACCCGAGGAGAGAAUUAAUGCCAAGGAGCUGCUGGACGAUCCAUGGUUGAAGUCUGCCUGAUGAUGAUAAUGGACGGGUUUCUAUUUCUGCUUCUUGUUUUCUAUCCGAGUUCCGAGUUCCGAGUUCUCUUGCGCUUUGUUGUCUUCAUUGCUGUGAUGUCAACUCUUUUGUCUUUUGUGUCUGCUGUACCUAGUCUUUCUCACACUUGCUAUGCUUGUACCCUCAUGUUAAUGUUCGCGACGGAAUACCACACCACUCAUGCUUUCCGAGAUUUAGGUGCAAUUCCGGGACCUCCAUGAAUAGUGUGAUUUUUCCGCCUACUGUUUUAUAACGCCACAUUCAACGCCAGGCAGAGUCCUUGUUUAGCGGCGGAGACUAACACCGUACUGGGUACAUUAACAUCUGCGUUACAAACUAUAUCCUCGACCGA